UAUCUUUCUAGAAAAGAAACAAACUUGAUUUCCUUUUCUCUCUAUCUCUAUCUACUCGGGGAGAAAAACAUGGAAACUCCACGCAUCCUCUUCAAAGUCACCCAACUCUCCCUUUCUUGUUCAAUGGCCCAGCUGGACCAAAAUUUAUGUUACAAAGGAAAAACAAAAAGGAAAGGGAAGAUAGAUGUGUAUUCAAUCAAAAUGUCCUCCAAUCAAACCCACCUGUCAAAACUCUCUGUUUACCGGAAAUACCCUUCUGUUAUCUCACCCCGAAAGAUCCCAUCUUCAUCUAUUUCUCUUUCUCUUACACCGUAUUCCCUUGUUUUGGCCUUUUGGGUUUCUUUUUCUCUUUAUCUCACCGCUGUGAUCUGAAACAUGAAGAAGAUGAAAGGGUUUGUUGCUGCUGCUUCUCCUGUUAUGGAGUAUUCUCCAUAUGAUUUGUACGAGGGCCAAAGGGUGCCGUUCAGGUAUCAAAGCCAUAUGGAAGACUUUGAAGACUUGCACAAGGAAACGGAAUCCUUGCGAAAAAAAUUGCAGAUGACGGAAGAGCGAAGAUCGACCCUGUUGGCUGAAGUCAAGUUCUUGAAACUGAGGCACAAGUUCUUGAUGCAAAACCAAUCAUCAAACACCCCGGUGGAAAGACAUUUUCUGCAACCACAGAAUAUGGUGAUUAUAAGUAAAUCGAAUAGGAAGGCGAAGAAAUCAACUGGGAAGGGUACUUUGAUAAGUCGAGCUAUGGGUUUUGAUUUGAACCUAAAGGGAAAGGCUAAUGGUGCAAAGGGAACGAGUUUCACUAAUCCUUCCCUUAUGUUCGACUUAAACCAGAAGCAACCGAAAGUGUUCAGUGGAAAGGAGGAUCCUGCUUUGAGAAGUUCUUUAUCAGUUCUCCAUUUAAACCAAAAGGAAAGGCUUCACAACAGAAAAGAGGACAAUGCUCGAAGAACAAAACCGAUUUUUGACUUGAACCAGAUUUCGAGGGAGGAGGAAGAACUACAGGCAGAAACUAAUUCAGUGAGAACAGAUGAUUUCAAGAGAAGUUCAAUCAGAGUUGGAAGUGACGAGCUGCACAAUGAAGUUAAAAUAUUGGCCUGCAGGAACACGGGAGAUGGGUCAAAUAGAACUGGGAAAAGAAAGAUCUCAUGGCAAGAUCAGGUGGCAUUGAGGGUUUAAGUGUCUUGUAGUAGAAGUGCUUACAAGUUUGAGGGAUUGGAACGCUUGUGAGUUUAGCUUCCCUCCAUCCCUUUUUUAAUUGCUCUAUGUCCUUGCUUUCUUCAUUGUCUCUUAUAUAAAGAAAAUAUAGUUGCAUCUAUUGGAAUUAUUAAGAUAAAUGUAAAAAAUGCUACUUUGGAAAUAGAUAUCUUCUCACUGAAGACGUAGGUUAUUUCAUACUCAUGGAUGCUGCUCGUCUUUGGUCGGCCGGUCAGAGUAAUCGAGAAGCAAGUUUUGUACCUUGCUAUGAUUUGGGAUGUUAAGGGUGUGUAUGGGUCCCGAAGCAAAUGGCAACUGUGCAGACGUGUGAGGUGAUGUUAGUUCAAAUGUCACGAAAGAUAGGAACUUGAAUGUUAGGAUAAGUGUCCAUUCAUGCAUCCACCAGGAUCACAUUGUUAUGUUACAAUAGUACCUUGGACAUGG